AUGGCAUCAAUCUUCUAUGGAUAUUCUCCAAAAGACGUCCGUCGCCUUGCCUACGAGUGUUCUGCUAAAUUUAGCAUUGAAAUUCCACCCAGCUGGACUGCAAAUAAGAUGGCCGGAAAAGAAUGGCUUACGAUGUUUUUAAAACGAAAUCCGGAGCUAUCCAUACGAAAACCAGAACCCACCAGCCUUGGUAGGGCAACAUCAUUUAAUGCGCAGAAUGUUAAAGUUUUUUUUGAAAAAUUAGCGGAAGUAAUGGAUAGAUAUGGAUUUACUGCGGCAGACAUUUGGAAUGUAGAUGAGACGGGAGUAUCCACUGUGCUGAAGCCAAAUAAAAUUGUAGCUGCCAAAGGUAAGCGCAACGUCGGUGCCAUGACUUCUGGAGAACGAGGGACUAACAUUACAGUAGUAACUGCUGUGUCUGCUCUUGGAAAUGCUGUACCUCCUAUGUUUGUAUUUCCGAGAAAACAGUUUAAGACACACUUUCUCAAUGGUGGUCCCCCUAAUUGUAUAGGAGCAGGCAAUGCCAGUGGAUGGGUUACAGACAAAGAAUUCUAUCAGUUUAUGCAACAUUUUAUAAAACAUGUGAAACCGUCCAUGGAGUGCCCUGUUUUGUUAGUGUUGGAUAAUCACUCCUCUCACUUGAACGUGGAGACACUAAAUUUGGCCAAAGAGAACGAGUUGUAA